UAUAAUACUCUCCCAUAACCAAAAAAUUUUCAAUACGUUCUUAUAUCAAGAUCAAAUCAGCUUCAUUGAAUCAUUGUCGAUGAUUAAUUGAACUCAGUACUGUAUUCCUAGAAAUACUUUCUUACUACUGAAUACUGCAUCACCUGGAAAGUCUCAGUCUAUUUUCGAAGUUUAAAAUGAAGUCCGUGUGCUGCAUUUUGGUCGUAACGUCUUUCUGCCUGGUCGGGAUUCUUGCCAAGACGCAAUGCGAAGAAAACAGAGAAAGGCAGCUUAAGUCCUAUGCCAAAGUUAAGUUUGUUCCAAAAUGCGACGCAGAUGGUGACUACGAAGCUCUGCAGUGCUUCGAGGGCACUCCAUUUUGUAUGUGCUGUAGGCCAGACGGUAGCCACAUCACAGAACCGUCGAAGUACAUCAGGACUUGCGUCUGCGAUAUCCACAGAGAUAGAGAACUGAACAGAUCUAAGAAUGGAUUUGUUGGCAACUUUGUUCCCGGAUGCGAAGCAGACGGCACGUACAGCCGCAAGCAAUGUAAAAGCUCCACUAGUUACUGUUGGUGUGCCGAUGAGAAUGGAAAGAAAGUCUCUGAAGAAGUCAGAGGAAAACUUGACUGUUGAUUUGUCAUAAAAUAUUAAUGUGCAUUAAAUUAUACUUUUAGAUAAAAA